UGGAUAUUCUAUGACUGAACAGUAUGUCUAAAAAAUGGCUGCAUUGAAGGAUGUUGUUCCCCUGUAUAAAAAUUUAAAAGAAGAAUGGGCAGCAACCCCGUGUAAUUUGAAAAAAUGCGGUGAACUGCUGAAUCAGUUAAAGAUUGGCCUCACACAUCUAAUGUUUCUUCCGACAUCUAACAGUACAGCAAGUCAAAAUGAAUUACUCAUAGCUCGUGACAUUCUAGAAAUUGGUGCACAAUGGAGCAUAGUAACAGAAGACAUACCUUCUUUCGAACGUUACAUGGCACAGUUGAAAUGUUACUACUUUGAUUAUAAGUCAGGAUUAAUGGAGUCUGCAUAUAAAUAUCAUCUCCUGGGCUUAAAUCUCUUGUUCUUAUUGUCUCAGAAUCGUGUCGCUGAAUUUCACACAGAAUUAGAAUUAUUGCCCUCUGAUCAAAUACAAUCAAAUGUUUACAUUAGACAUCCUUUGAGUUUAGAACAAUAUUUAAUGGAAGGUUCAUACAACAAGAUAUUCUUGGCAAAAGGCAAUGUACCAGCAGCAUCAUAUAAUUUUUUCAUAGACAUUUUAUUAAACACUAUUCGUGACGAGAUUGGAGCAUGCUUGGAGAGUGCAUAUGACAAAAUUUCUAUUCAAGAUGCAUUGAGGAUGUUGAAUUUGAACUCAGAGAAGGAAGUAAAAGCGUUUGCCUCAAAGAAAAAUUGGAAGUUAGAAAAGGAUGGUUAUUUCUACUUUAGUACAACCAGCGAAAAGAAAACCGAAGAACCAAUACCCAGUGCUGAUCUGGCUACAUUAGCCAUUGACUACGCGAGAGAACUUGAAAUGAUUGUUUAACCUGCGAAAUAUUUUCUUGUAUCUUAUAAAUAAAUAAAAUUUAUCAUAUAAUUA